GGACCCAAUAAAAAUACAGCAGCUGCAGAACCAAAUUCGUCUGGAGCAAGAAAGUGGCCAGUGGUAUCGUCACCAGCAGCAACCUGAACAUCGUCAGCACACUCCCUCAUCUCCUUCCUUUCCUCCUCCCCCCUCCUUCCAAGAACUUGAGUCCAGCCAGUCUGUGGUUUCUCCUGUGCCAAUGAGUAUUCUCAACUCUCAUACUUCCCCAAGCAUGCAGUCUUCCAGCUCCUUUAACUACGCUCGGCCUAAGCAAUUCAUUGCUGCUCAGAACAUCAGCCCUGCUUCUGGUUACGUGACUCCUUCUUCAGGAUCAUCUACAUCCAGCCUUCCUUCUCCUAUGUCUCCGACUGCUUCUCAAAAACAGUUUGGGAGAGUACCUGUUGCCCCUUUCUCUCAGCAGUUUGCUCCAGAAGGGGAGUAUGGAUGGUCUCCUUCUUCUCCAUCUCCUCCCCCCCCACCUCCACCUGUCUUUAGUCCAACCCCAACGUAUCCAGUGUGUGAUUCCUUUCCACUUCCACCCCCUCCACCACCUCCUCUUCCUUCCCUUUCUUCACCUUCCCACAGCCUGUCUCCAACUCCUAGAUUUCCUAAUUCUGGCCAGUCUCCAGCAGCUUUUCUCAGCUCCAUGCUGCCAUCCCAGCCACCACCCGUUUCUGUCAACGCAUUAGGCCUCCCGAAAGGAGUGAUGCCUCCGGGAUUUCCCAAGAAAACAGGCAGAACUGCUAGAAUAGCCUCAGAUGAAGAGAUUCAAGGAUCAAAAGAUGCUGUGAUUCAGGAUCUGGAAAGAAAACUUCGCUUCAAAGAAGACCUUUUGAACAACGGGCAACCGAGAUUAACAUAUGAAGAAAAAAUGGCUCGUCGAUUGCUGGGGGCAGACAGUGCUGCAACUGUCUUCAACAUACAGGAACCAGAAGAGGAGCCUGCAAUACAGGAAUAUAAAGUCUCCAGCUUUGAGCAAAGAUUGAUCAGUGAAAUUGAAUACAGGCUGGAGAGAUCUCCUGUGGAGGAAUCAGAUGAUGAGGUGCAACAUGGAGAUGAACCUAUUGAUAACAGUGCAUCACCGUAUUUUGAGAUAAAGCUGAAGCAUUACAAAGUCUUUGAGGGAAUGCCGGUCACAUUUAGCUGCAAAGUGACAGGAAAUCCAAAGCCAAAGAUUUAUUGGUUUAAAGAUGGGAAGCAAAUUUCUAAGAGAAGUGAUCACUACCGAAUUCAAAGAGAACCUGAUGGAACUUGCUCACUGCAUACUGCAGCCUCCACCCUGGAUGAUGAUGGGAAUUACACUAUUAUGGCUGCUAACCCACAGGGCAGAAUAAGCUGCACAGGAAGGCUGAUGGUUCAGGCUGUAAAUCAGAGAGGCCGCAGCCCUUGGACACCACCUGGCCAGCCUCAUAUCAGAAGGCCGCGAUCUCGAUCAAGGGACAGUGGUGAUGAAAAUGAACCAAUCCAGGAGCGAUUCUUCCGACCCCAUUUUCUGCAGGCCCCUGGAGACCUGACUGUUCAAGAAGGAAAACUCUGCAGGAUGGACUGCAAGGUUAGCGGAUUGCCAACACCAGAUCUAAGCUGGCAACUAAAUGGAAGACCCAUUCGUCCUGACAGCUCUCACAAAAUGCUGGUGCGUGAGAACGGGGUGCACUCCCUGAUCAUAGAACCUGUCACCGCGAGGGAUGCGGGAAUCUACACGUGUGUGGCCAGCAAUAGAGCUGGAGAAAAUACAUUCAGCCUGGAGCUCACUGUUGCAGCUAAGGAAGUACACAAAGCACCUGUGUUUAUAGAGAAACUACAGAACACAGGUGUGACUGAGGGGUUUCCAGUGCGACUGGAGUGUCGAAUCUCGGGGGAACCAUCGCCUCAGAUAUUUUGGAAGAAAGAGAAUGAGUCAAUCACACACAAUACUGACAGAGUGAGCAUGCACCAGGACAACUAUGGCUACAUCUGCCUGCUUAUUCAGGGAGCUACAAAAGAGGAUGCUGGUUGGUACACCGUUUCAGCUAAGAAUGAAGCUGGGAUUGUGUCUUGCACUGCCAGGUUGGAUGUUUAUACUCAGUGGCAACAACCACCUCAGACAACCAAGCCAAAGAAGGUGCGGCCCUCAACCAGCCGAUACGCUGCACUGUGUGACCAAGGACUAGACAUCAAAGCAGCUUUCCAGCCAGAGGCAAAUCCAGUCCAUCUGACAAUGCAGCCUGGUUUGGUAGAGAGCGAUGACCUUUAGAUCCGAGCCACCGCUUCCGUCAUCUUCUUUCAAAGCAGAAACACUGAAAGCCAUUGCCUUGACCAAUGAUACUCCUAUGUCACUUUAUGCAAAGGCAAACACCUUCAAGUACAAAAGAUAAACAACAAACACAGUAACCAUGUAUUCCUUAUUCAGUAUACCAAAUUAGAAGAAUAGGUAGAUUAUUAAUAGAAAUGUACACAUUGCACAACAAAUCACGUUCACCAUUUCCUUAUACCUAAGUUGCUUCAGCUCUUUGAAUAACCCUUUUCAUAAAGGCCAAAAUGCAUCAGUGAAAGAGACUUUUCAGAAGAAAACACUAUCCAUCACCACGUGCCUUCGUAAGCAGUAAGCAGAUGUUACACAGUGCUCAUGGUGCGAGAUGUUUUAUUUGAGGCCAUUAGAUGACAAAGAAAACUAGGAUGCACGGUAACCUAUAGCUCUAAAAUGGCAAUGCAUUCUGAUAGCUACAGUGAACAAGUGCAAUAUUGUAAUAAAAAAGGAAGAGACAAGGAAGAGAAAUGUAAGCAAACGCUGCAUCUCUGCAAACUGUUUUUUGUUCUACAAUGAAAAGAAUACUCUGCCUUAAAUGCCAUUAAUAUGGACAACUCUAUAAAGCAACGUUGAAGCCCCGGUUUUUAGUUCUUUUAUAUUUCUCCUUUCUGCCACCUAGGAGGAGGCUUUCUUACAAACAUACAGCAAAGAUGGUUAAGUGUGAAUGGUUUAACCUCUUCCAACUAAUGAAGAAGAUACGUAACACAGUCUACUCCAGAUCAUAAGCCUUAGUAACUAGAGGAGAAAAAGUGCCGACGGUGUGAACCGCUGCAGUAGAUUGCUACAAAGGGUGGGAGGGGGACAGGGCAAGGGGUUGAAACUCUCUGUGGAUUUCCUGAAGACAGCCUGCAACCUCCUAACACUCUUGCUGAAGAAUCUGAAAUUCUAAGGUGAGCCGAAAACUAAGGAACGUAUAUAGGGGCCAUUUGACUGCUUAGCACUUGAGUAACACGUAUGAGGAUUUUAGGAAUGCACAGUAAGUGAGAAGUGGGUUGAGACUGCAGUAGGAAUAUCGAUGAAAAGUAAACACCAUAGGUGAUAAGCUUGCAAAUCUGAGGAAGCAGAAGAUGAUGGACAGAACAAGGAAACUUGCACCACUUUUUCUUCUUACCAUACAUGUUUCUGGAUUUUUUUUUUCCCUCAUCCUUCCUGUUGUUUGCCUACAACAGCUCUGUUAUGGGUAGGGGCUGCGUGCAGUAGAUGAAAUGCUACUUUCAGAAUGCAAGGCAAAUCCACAUCAAACUGGAGUUCCACCUCGUCAAGUCUGACAAGGUAGUUUCAAAUUAGAACCAAAUGAAUUUCAGAUGAAGGGGAGGGAGGGAUGGAAGAGUUGCCAGGCCUGACAAGAAAAAUGAGUGUUUGAUGGUACGAGCAUACUUCGCUAUGAAAGGAAAACACUGUAUUCCUUAUAUGAAGCACAUACAUGGUAUCUUUCAUUAUUUAUAAUAAAAGUGUUGAGAUCUUUUAUCCCAGUUCAGUUAUUCAGAAGUCCUGUACUUAGUUGGUUUUUUUUAUUUUGUAAUUGUGUACACCAUAUAUUGCAUUACUGCUAUAAGUGUAUUGCUUUGUAAGUACACAGUUUGUUUGUUUUUUUAGUGACUAAUAAACUUUAGCACAUAAGUUAGUACUAUUCUAUGCAAAUUGGUGCAGGACAUGACCAGUUCUGGGAAUCGUUCCUCUAAAUUAAUGUCAUGCUUUGUUGUAUGGGAAUAAUCUGAUUAUAUUCUAGAAAAAGUAUGUCAUAUCAUUCGCAAAGUUCUUCACAACUGUGACAUGCUAAUUUACUUUUUUUUUUUUGUUUAGCUUCACUAGCAUUAUUUUGCCACUCUCUAUUUGUAUUUAUAAAAAAUGUACUAUCAUUACUUUGGAUUGUUGUGCUGGUAUAAUGUGGGUUUAACGUCAAUAAAUAUUACACAAAUAGAAAGUUUUUCUUCUGGUA